AGUAGUAGUGUUUAUCACCGUAACAAGCAGUAUAAUGGUGGCCUCUCAGCAACUCCUCUGGCAGUGCGUGCGUAACAACAACUGCUUCAUUCAGAAGCGCGCCAACACCGCCGCUUUCACCACUGAGCCUGGUAACAUGACCAACCUCAACCGUGCUGGUUACUCGGGUAUCGCCAACGUCCGUGUUGGUGGCUUGGACAUCCAGACCACUGGCAACAAGCAGACUAUCGUCCUCACUACCAGUAAGAAGACCAAGAAGCCUUGCCACCGUUACACCACCACUGGUGUCUCCAAGAACACCAAGAAGGCCCAGAAGAGCAUCAAGGCUCAGUUGGCCCUCACUCGCCCUGACCUUGUCCCUCUUGCCAACAAGAAGUACAGCGCCAUCAAGAAGAGCUUCAGAGCUUAAAUCUUGUCGUCCGGAAACUUUGUUGCCUGCUACUACCACUACGGUGAUGGGUUAUCAUUACUACAAUGCCUGUACAACGGCAGAGUCAGAGCCCACUCGCUUGUCUUUUAACAAGUUGGGUGGGAGCUGAUGAUGGCUUGAAAUG